AUGGCUGAGUUUUGUGUGCGUGUGAGGAGAAUGGUUUUGAAGGACUCAAUUGAAGAGAUGUUUCCUAUUUGGCCGGGUGAAGAUGACGACCCACAACUCGUUAGGUUGAUAACAGACAUACAUUCAGGUAGAUUUGUGAAAGGUUUGUGGGAAGUGCAGGGGAAUGCAAAGGAGAAGGGGAAUGAGAAAAAGAGAAUGAAGGGUGGAGUUUCAUCAGAAGCUGAGCCACCCACUAAGAAGCAGAAGAAAGUUAAGACACAGAAUGAGUCUGAAGCUACUGCAGCGGGAAAGGGUUCUAGCGAGAAGGAAGGUAGCAAAGAUUUGGAGUUGGAGAACAAAGUGACUCUAACGACCAUUGUGAGUACUUUGGAUAAUAUUUCCAAGAAAUUUGAGCAGUUUGACUCACAGUUGGAAGCUUACGAGUUAAACCGGAACAAACCAUUGAUGGACCAAAAGACCAUUGAUGACAGGGUGAAUGCUUUACUGGAGGAGCGUCUGAAAGAUCUGGGGAUUGGGAAAAUUCCCGAAAACCAUGAUAACCCCUCUCCACCAUUAUCAGAUAACUCUUUAUCGAUGGCAUCACCGGUGGUUCGAACGCAUCAGAAGUCUGUCAAUAGUCCAGCGUUAGUGGCUGCGACUCCUGGUAAGGAGUUUGGACCGAAAAAGAAUUUGGCCAAGGAGCUUGAAAAAGAAUCAGGGGUGAAAAGGACUUUGGAUGAGGAGUUUGGUAGUGUCGAUAAAGCUACUGAUAUGCGGCCUCUUGAUUUCGUAGUAGUUUCUCCUGCAAAGGCUACUAAGGAUGAUAAGGCUACUAAGGAUGAUAAGGCUGCUAAGGAUCCAGCCUAUGGACGCGGCUGCAGGCGCAAGCGUAUUGUUAAGGGUGAGGAUGCCGAUGAGAAGAAAAAAGCAACGCAAGCAGAUGCUGCGUUUAAGAGGAAGGAGAAGGCUGAGACUAAGAAAAAAGCUACUGAGGAUAAGAAAAAAGAGGCUGAAGCUAAGAAAAAAGAGGCUGAAUCUAAGAAAAAAGUACAACCUGAUGUAGAGGACAGUUCAUUGGCUGAUAUAACUGAAGAAGUUGUUGCAGAACAGAACGAAUUCGCGCCGGAGUCUGAUGUCGAGAAUUCUGAAGUGGUUAGAUCUGCCAUAAUUAAGGACUACCGGGAGAAAAAUGUUCGGUUAACUCCAAAAGGGUUGUCAAUGGCGGCAGUUUCUUCAUCAUUAGUUUUUCCGAACGUAGGACAUGAUGGAACGACGUGCAUGAGGAAGAAUCAUGUCGUGGCGUAUAUGAACGUCCUCAUUAAAAGGUCCAUGCGAGAGCCCACUCCAUUAUGGUCCAAGCGGAUUGCCUUCGUUGACGUUUGGUGGCAAAGUUUUUCGAUUCACGAUUACGCUCAGUUCAAGAUGAAACCCACAAUGUUCAUGUUCAAGGGCAAUGGUUAUGAAGAUAUGAUAAAUGGUAGGAUUCCCGAUCAUUGUCGAACAAACUUGAAGUGGUAUGAAGAUGUGGAUCACUUGUACGGAUGUCUUCAAACCAGCGGAAAUCACUGGGUUGCGUAUCACGUGGAUCUGAAGAAGGAGAAGUUUGAUUGCUAA